AUGACGGUCAAAGAACAGCUGGGUAGUAACCCGAAUAAAAGUGCUGCAGAAAAUGUUUCGACAUUAGGUGGGUUUUUGGCAGGUGGUUUGGCUGCAUGUGGAGCAGUUACAUUCACAAAUCCUAUAGAAUUGAUUAAAACAAGAAUGCAGUUGCAGGGAGAGUUGAGUAAAAAAUCAGAUGCUCCUAAGUUGUAUAAAAACCCGAUCCAGGCUUUUGGACUCAUAUAUAGAAAAGAAGGUAUCAGAGGGUUGCAGCAAGGUUUGGCAUGUGGCUACUACUAUCAACUAGGUCUUAAUGGGUGUCGUAUUGGACUUUAUGAGCCUAGUCGUUAUGCGAUAACUAAGCUUUUGAAUCCUUCUAGUCUUAAAGAGGGUGAAAAGGUUCCUCAGAACUUGUGGAUCAAUGUUCUUUCGGGUUUUGUAGCUGGUGCUGCAGGUGCUGUGGUUGCAUCCCCAUUUUUUCUUAUUAAGACCAGAAUGCAGUCGUAUUCAGGAGUCAAAGCAGCAUCUGCUGAAGGUAGUCAAAGUGUUGGCCAGCAAACUUACUAUAAGAACGCCGCAGAUGGCUUGCUGAAGAUCUACAAAGCUGAAGGUAUUGUGGGCUUAUUCCGUGGUGUUGACGCGGCUAUUUUGCGUACUGGUGCAGGUUCUGCUGCCCAGUUACCAGUCUACAACUUUACAAAGUCCCUAUUGCUAGAAUACGACAUUGUCGAAGAUAAUUCUACUGGUUUGCAUUUCAUUUCUGGUGCCAUGGCCGGUUUGGGUGUUGCAAUUGUGAUGAACCCAUGGGACGUCAUUUUAACGAGAGUUUAUAACCAGAAAGGUAACUUGUAUAAAGGACCUAUAGAUUGUUUUGCUAAGACCGUCAAGACGGAAGGUUUCGGUGCGUUAUAUAAAGGUUUCUACGCUCAGUUGUUCAGAAUCUGGCCUCACUCUAUUCUUACGUUAAUGUUCAUGGAACAUUGUAUGAAAGCCAUAGAAAAAAUUGAAAGAAAAUUACACAGCUAG